UAGACAGUAUUAGGGUUAUCAAUACAGAUACAAUGUGGAAGGGUCAGAACCACAACAGUGAGACACUGUCUUCCCAUGACACAGUCCUUCAUGGAUGCACACGCUCUCUGUUCUUCACAGGUGUGUGCUACGGGACCCACAGACGCCCAAUUCUACCACGAUGUCAGGGUUUCUCCUCGGGGGGUUUUCGGACGUGUGGGAGCUGCGGGUUUUGCAGGUCCUGUCCUUCUCUCUGAUGUACUGGAUUACUCUGGUGGGGAACCUUCUCAUCGUUGCGGUCACCACCAUUGACCAGAGCCUGCACACCCCCAUGUACUUCUUCCUCCGAAACCUGUCUGUCCUGGACGCCUGCUACAUCUCCGUGACCGUCCCUAACUCCUGUAUCAGCUCCCUGCUCGGCAGCAGCACCAUCUCCAAGGCAGGAUGCACAGCUCAGGUCUUCCUGGUGGUUUUCUUCGUCUACGUGGAGCUCCUGUUCCUCACUGCCAUGGCCCACGACCGCUACGUGGCCAUCUGCAGGCCCCUCAUCUACCCUGUGAUCAUGAGCUCGCAGGUCUGCCUGCACAUGACGCUGGCCUCCCUGCUCAGUGGCCUCAUGUAUGCAGGCGUGCACACCGGCCACACCUUCCGGCUGCCCUUCGGUCCGUCCCGUGACAUCCAUCAGUUCUUCUGCGACAUCCCCUCUCUGCUGAAGCUCUCCUGCUCUGACACUUUCAGCAACGAGGUCGUGGUCGUUGCUUCUGGUCUGGGAAUUGGCGGUGGCUGCUUCAUUUUCAUCAUAAGAUCUUACGUCCACAUCUUUUCCACUGUGUUCAAGUUUCCACGUGGCACAGACAGAAAGAAGGCCUUUUCCAUGUGUGUUCCCCAUAUCCUGGUGGUGUCUGUCUUCCUGGGAUCAGGCUUUUACGUGUACCUGCGGCCAACAGCUGUGUCUGCAGCCACCCAAGAUCUGGUCUUCUCUGUGUUUUACUCCAUGGUCCCUCCUCUCUUCAACCCCAUUAUCUACAGUCUGAGAAAUGAACAAAUAAAACGUGUCAUCACGAAAAUCACAAAGAGAAUGUUUUAUUCAGGAAAUUUAUAGAAAACUGUGGACUCGCAGCCUAAGCCAUUGACUGAUACUCCUAUUUUUAGUGACGUGGAGAUAAUUGAUAGAGAUUAUUAGGCAACUGAUGUGAAUUAAAUAAAGUUAUUAACAAUAUAUCAUAUAUCAAAUCCUUUCAUGUUUGAGCUUUUUGGAUAACUUGAAAAUGCCUUUGGAUAAAAGAUCUGGUGUUAGAAAGAAGAAAAUGAUAACCACAUGUAUUUUUCAAGUUAAAGAUGCCCACUGCAAAAGUCAGUCUAAUAGUGUUGUCACCUGGACU